UCUUAAUCCAAAGCCAUCCCUCAUCCCCUUAGCAAAAACCUUAUCCUCUGUGCUAAGGAAUUUCAAGUUUCUCAAACCCCAUAGCCAUGUCUUCCACUGCAGCUUCCCUUCAUUUUGUAUCCCUAGCUUCUUCUAAAACCCUAUCUUCUCUUUCUAAAACCCCUUCACCCGCUUCACUUUACCUCUUCCCUUCCUCCCUUAAGCCCCUUCCUAAGCUUUUCUCGGUACCCACUUCCGCUAAGCUCUUUGAGGCCACACCUUCAUCUCGAAUCAUCCGUAAUGUAGCCGUUUCCUCUGGUUUGGAGUUGGACGAAGGGUUAUCCAGUGAUGGAGAUGACGAACAGCAGCAGAAUUUCUCCCCUGACCUUAAACUUUUUGUGGGUAACUUGCCGUUUACCGUUGAUAGCGCCGCGCUUGCUGGGUUGUUUGAGUCUGCUGGAAACGUUGAAAUGGUUGAGGUUAUAUAUGACAAAGUUAGUGGAAGAAGCAGAGGUUUUGGCUUUGUUACUAUGUCUUCUGUCGAAGAAGUUCAGGAAGCCGUUCAGAAAUUCAAUGGCUACGAGCUUGAGGGGAGGCAACUGAGGGUGAACUCUGGACCUCCUCCAAGGAGAGAGGAAUCUUCCUUUGGAGGGCCAAGAGAAGGCGGCCGUUUUGGCGGUGGUGGGAGAAGUUUCGACAACACCAACAGGGUUUAUGUUGGAAACCUUGCUUGGAGUGUUGACAAUUUGGCUCUUGAAACUUUAUUUAGAGAGCAAGGAAAUGUUAUGGAAGCCAAGGUAGUUUAUGAUAGGGAGAGUGGUAGAUCAAGGGGUUUCGGGUUUGUGACUUACAGUUCUGCUGAUGAGGUCAACAAUGCGAUUGAGUCAUUAAAUGGAGCUGAUCUUGAUGGCAGAAAUAUCCGAGUUAGCGUUGCUGAAGCUCCACAAAAGCGCUCGUUCUAAACAAUCUUUAUCGUAGUUCCUUCAGCCUCAAGCGGCAAAAGGUGUGUGUGUGUCGGGGUGGUGCACUUCUGGACCAUGCUACAGUUCCAAAGAGGAAGUGAUGCUUAUACUGAAGCUGCUGGUCCUUGCAUUUUCUAUGUGAUUAAGAUUAGCAGGUCUCAUAAGUGUCGUUAAGUUUUGUAAUGUAUGCUUCUAAUAUGCUUUCAAACUACAUACUGAUGUGUAAUCAAUCAAUUUGGUAUGCAAAUUGAAUUCGUUUGGAGAAUGUUAUGUGAUUUUGCAUUUGUGAGC